UUCUGUGCAACGUAAUUGCCAGACACGGUGGAUCGGAACCGCAGUUCCGCGUCUUGUUUCCCUGCGGUCCUUUUACCGCGUUACACAGACAGCGCCACGGGUUGGGUCCGAACUAUUUUACUUGCUGCGUUGUUUUUAAAUGGAGAUAUUUGGCAGUACGUUUGACGACUCUGUGUUUGAAGAAUGCAGAAAUAAGGUCCCUAUUGCUCUUUCUUCCUACAACGCAAAAAAAUGUGAACCUAAGGUAGGUUUCUUCCUACUGCAUAUAACAGGACGAGGUACGCGUUACUGGUACAAGCUAAUCAGGCGAACGUCUGUUUGUAUUGAUGAUGAAUUGGAGGAGCAAAAAGUUUUCAAAUUCCGUGCAGAUCUGGCGUAUAGUCAAAACGAUUAUAAGAAAGCUCUGGAGGACUACUCCACGUGCCUGUCCCUUAUACCCAAGGGAAACGUCGCCAUCAGACGGGAUGUGCUGGAAGGCCAGGCCAGGUGCCACUGCCACCUUGGCAGACGCGAGGAGCCCCUGGAUAUUGCUGACCUGCUGAGGAAGGAAGCGACAAACACUGGCCACCUUACGUGCGCUUUAAACCUUCGGCUAACGGUCCACCAGCUCUUCGGAGAUGUCGGUGAAGAGAUCUCAGUCCUUCGGCAGCUCGUCUCCCUACACCCUUAUAACCCCUGGUACUGGCAGAGGCUGGCGAGGUGUUACUGGGCCCUCAGCCCGUCCCCCAGGGACAAUGGGUGCCGAGCUGAUGGACACCACAGGGCAGAGAAGACGGCAGAGAUGAGCAAAGGGGGGCAGUGGACCGGACAAGGGGCGGACAUCCGGCUAAAGGCUUGCAUGUGUUUCGUCCGAACCAGACUUCUGAUCCAUUUGCUGAGGAUCCAACAAUCCUCGUUUGUGCUCCAGUGCAAUGAAAUAGCCCUGAAGGAGGUGGAGGAGGCCCUGCGAUGCUUGGGGCCCGAUGCGAAGACCCUCCAGCUGAUUUCAGGGGUGAUGGCUGAAGACCUUGUGCCAGAGAAGAUGAAGGAGGACAGCCAGGAUGGCGAGAGCCUGGAUGCUCUGUGUAACGUGGACUUUGACGAGCGGUGGUAUGACAAGCUUAAAAGGCGACUCAGCUGAACAGGAUGCGUGGGAUCAGGACUCGACCACAGGGAGGCACUGUUCUCCUCGACUUGUGGCCUGGCUGUGGUUCCGGGUGUCUCGUGAUCCUGCAGCCAAUGGGGCAUGGAUGGACUGAUGUUUCUGAGGAAUGCAUGACGUUUACCUAGUGAUGGCCGAAUUAAGCUUUGUGAACCAUUUGCUGUAUGUUUUCAUCCCACUAGAUGGUGCUCUUGGUUUGCAUUAGGGCAUGAAUUGAUUCCUUUUUUUGAAUAGAGAGCGCCAUCUAGUGGGGCCACGAGAUACUGCAAAUGAUUAAUGAAGUUUAAUUUGGCCAUCUCUACUUUUAUCUUAAGCUUUUGAAUCCAGCUAUUGAUGAAAUCUGUAUUUCUGUAUUAAAUGUACUGUAUAUUGGAACAUUCCACACAAGCGGGGCUGUAACGACAUGGACUCAGCCUGAAGUUUUCCAAUUCAGGCAAGGAAGGGCUUGCUGUUCUGUUCUAGUCCUUAACAUGCUCCAGGUCUCCGAGUGGAUUAUAGUUUUAAGUGAUUUUUAAUGCAAAUUUACCAUGCACUCAAAAUGCUUAGUAGCAUGUAUUAAAUGAACAACGAAUUUAAAAUACAAA